GGGGAAAGGACUUCAUUCAGAUUGGAGACCAACGUACAAUUCCAUUGAAGCCCAAAUUGGUUUAUUUCAGUUCACUACAGAAGCAAAAGAUAAAUCUGCUGUGGAUGCAAACAUUCCCUCUAUAUACAUAUAUAUGGGAUUGGACAUAGGGGCAAGGUUUUCAAUUAGAAUUUCAAUGUUUUGCAACCCUGUCAACUUUAAGACAUUUGGAUUUCAAUUCCCAGAAUUCCCCAGCUAGCAUGCAUCCACACAUCUGAGGAACACUGGAUUAAAUGCAGCACAUCCUGUAUAUAGUAGUCAGGAAAGUACUAAGGAUAGAAUUAUGACCUAAAAGGGAAAUGUUACUAAAACAAUGGCACUUCUGACAAAACAAAAGGGGCAGUGUUCUAGGAAAUUUCUUUCUAAAAUGUUACUUUAUCUUAUCCUGUCCUUGUUUCCCAGAGCCUAGGUUCAUCUCCCAAUAUAUUUCCCCAGCUUAUCAGCAUUUCUGGGCCUACUAAAUGUUACAUACUGUACAUGGUAGUUAUAAAAGACCACAGUGACAGAACAUCAUGAAAUUAUGAGAAAGACACACUAUGGAGAAAGUGAAGGAAGAAUGGGUGUUUCCCUAUUUGCAUCUAAUCACGGUAUAAACAUGCCCUUGUAAGAAGAUCUUGCCAUAUUUGCCUGCCAAUCUCAUCCAUACUAGUGUUUCCCUUUAAAAUGCCAACAUCCAACAAUUGUAGGAUGUUCAAAAUUGUAUGGGUUGCCAGGUAGAAAGAGAGACUUUUACUGACCCUUCCAGGCUGAUGCAGGCUUCUCUAGCCCAGUCAGCCUCAUUUCAUGUUGUUCUGCUGCUGUCCCAUCAAGGAGAUGGGCAUAGGGGCACGUGAAACAUACAAGAAAACUGCUUGCCAGGAGUUGAAAUAGUGCAACAGAUUGAAUACUACAGUAAUGAAAUGUCAUUACAGGCUGAAACAGCAUUGAAAUGAUGAGAUCAGUCCCUGCCCUUGGCCAGAACAGGGAGGAAUCUGGAAGUUAGCAUUUGUUGAUCUAAAGAAAAAGAGAGGAAAGAAGCAAGCUGCUUUCCUGACUCCAGUAUAUUAUUAUUUUAUUUAACUCUGACCAUGACAAGAGUAGAAAAAGCGGCAGAGGAAAACACCUGGAGAUCUGCCCCAUCUUUUUUGAGCCACAGCGACUGGCAAAUGUUUCCCAGGGGCUGGCAAUGUGUCCAAUAAGGUGCAGCAAAGCUAGAAGAGUCAACAACUGUAACCACUUUGCUUAUCACAGCCUCCACCGCUGCAAAAUCAGCGGAGCCCCAUUUGGCAGGCGGGUCACAGAAAAAGGAAGGCAAAAUAUGAAUAAGGUACGAGGACAGCAUUCUUAAUGCCAGCUGAGCUUCCCAGCAAGUGAAGGGUUGAUCGCACUGGAAUUCAUCCAUGAAGAAAGCCCCAUAAAUCAACUGGUUGCUGCUUAGAAGUACAGUAUAAGCGAGACCAGGAUUAGUAAGUGUUACAAAGCGUUACAAUUAGGAUAGAAAAUUCUGGGCGCGAAAGACCACGCCCAGGAAGGCGCUUUAAUUAUUUUUCCUCCACCCAUUUUCUACACUUGCCGCAGAAAAGACUCAAGGUGACCCCAUCCUGGCCGGUGAAGGCGCCUUCUUCCCCGCCUUUUCACGCAGCACUACUCCACUGCCGCAUCUCGCUUCUGCGCUGCCCGCCGCCUAUUGGUCAUCCUUGGAUAGCCCCGAGUGAGCCGAUGUGAAGACUUGCCUCCUCAUCUGCAUAGCCUGAAAAACGUGCCGCUUCGAGCGCCUCCAUAGAAGAGACUACACUUCCCAGGAAGCUACUCGGCGAGCUACGCCGCGGCUUAGAGGCGCUGGGCAUCCCGGGAAGCGUAGUUGCUGUUAGUUUCUUCCGAACGCUGCUGAGUUGAAGCGUUAACUGAGCCGCGAGGGGGAGAGCGCGCGGCGGCGGUUGUUGGUAGCGGCUGAGAUGUUUCUUGCGCAGCUCCGAUGGCCGGCUUUUUUGAUCUUGCCCUUGCUGCUGGAUUGCCUGUGGUGGAAUGGCUGCGGGGCGGUGUGGAGGUAUAGAACAAGCAUUGGAACAUACAUGAUAUUUUCUACAAGAACUACUAUAUAUUUAGAAUAUGAAGGAACCACAUUUUCAAGAUGGGAUGUUCCAUCAUUUUGUACAGUAGGUGAUGCAACGAAAAAAGCAACAACACUGUUUUGUUCAGUUCCUGGUACUCAUAGGAUUCAACCAGUUACAGUUCCAGCAUCUGAUGAUGAGGAACGCUACUUAUCUAUCAAUGCAGAUGUGAAUUGUUUCUCAUGGUACAUUUAUCAAGAUGAAAACAGGUUACGGGAUACUGGUCCAACUCAGAUUAUAAAAUUAUGGUUAUAUGAUCCAGAAAAUGCAGACAAGAAGGAAAAGCUAAACAUUGCCACUUCACCACCAAUACUGAUGAGUGACAUGGAAUGGGCUUCAGAGGAUGAGAGGAAUAAGCGGCAGUGGACUCCUAUCCUCCAUCUUGAGUCUGCUGCUGCAGAGAAAACAGAGACAUUGGGCUGGCACAGAACAAGGAACUGGCCGUGGUUACAGGAUCUUGGCCAUUGGAGCCUUCAGUGGAUGGGCCGUUUGCUGUACUGGUAUUCUAGGUCCCUUAGCUGGCAGUUCUGGAAUUUGGGACAGGAACCUCGCAUUAGAACAUUAUUUAGAAGAACAGAAUAUUUCAGCAAAUCAUUUUAUAAUGGAGUAUGGAUGAUUGAAGUGCCUAGCCAAGCAAAUGAUAACAUGGCAAUCGUCCUUGACAAAACGGUGACUUUUCAGGAUUGUUUUGUUCAUGAUAUUCCUUUUACUAUUGCCCAGCCUAUGUAUAUAUUAGGCACAAAAACAGGAGUUUCUGUCACUCUUCCAGCUGGUAGUGAUGCCAUAAUAGAAUGGAGUGCGUGUUAUCCAAAAACAGCUGCCAUAGUGACAGUUGAUGGUAUCUUCUACACUAGCAAUGGAUUUUUAAAAGUAACAGAAAUAAAAUUUCCUCCAGACCUCGUACCAUCUGGCAUGAUUCACCAAGUCAAAGAUAUAGCUAUUCUUUUUCCAAAUGCCUUCAUUCUGAUUGGAAACGUGCUUUAUCAGGCAAGCGUAGACGAGAUUAUCAACAUGGGAGAGUUUUAUUUUCCACAUGUAAGAAUUAUUGGAACACAAAGCAAAACUUGGUGUGCUGAUGACUAUCCUUUGACUGAGAGAAAAUUAAGUGAAAUAAUUAUAUGGUCAGAAGAUGAAGUUUUUCUUGGAUAUCCUGAGAAUGAAUUUCAUCCAUUGAUAGCUGUAGGACUGUUAAGAGAAAAAUUAAAAUUACAAAGAACUGUUAAUCUAUUAAUAGUAUCUGCUUGCUAUGACUCACUUUCUGCUACAAUUGCAAUAUUGCUAGAAUGCACUGGCUGUACAAGCAAAAAGAUAUUAUACCUAGCUGCCUAUAAAGAAGAUACAGCUGAAUGGAUCCUGAGAGACUUUACCCUAGGUUUGCCCACUGUUGGUGCCAUUCAUAUGGAAGUCACACUUUCAGUAUUAACAUCCAUGGUAUUGUGGGAUGAUGACACAGUUUUCUAUACUUACAAAAACCAUAGACACUAUGGUUAUCUUCAUGAAUCUGGUACAAAAAACAAAUUUUCAGCAGUGUCUGAAGGAUCUGCAAUUCAUCAAAUUAUUAUUGAUUACAGUGGAAAUGCCAUAAUAAAGCUGAAAAAUAAUGCUCUGUUUUUCUUCAAAUUUGAAGUGACAGAUGUUAUAAAGCUUACUGCUUGGGAAAGUAAUGAUAAAAAGUUUAUAUUCUUUUUUAAUCCUUCUGCAGAUAUAUAUUUAAUGACAAUCAAUGGCACAAAUAUAAGCCGCCAGGUAUAUCCAUUGAAAUUGGAAGUGCUUAGUGCUGCAUCAAAAUUGAACGACGUUUGCCCAUAUAUAUCAUUUGAACAAAAUUUGAAUCUCGGUAUUCGUUAUGUAGACAUGGGAGACAAAGUGACAUUUUGGGGUCAGAUAGUAUUUUUAGAAAAUAAUGGUUUAUCAGUGGAUGUUGAAAUUUACAGGCCAGAACUGUUGAAGACUAAAGACCUUAUCAAUUAUGAAAUAGCUCGUGGAAUCUGCACUAAAAAUAAGACUGUAACGUUUUAUCAUGAAAGGGAUUAUUCAGAACUGUCUGAUUAUCGAACUCAGAUAGCAUUAUCUCAGGGCAUCAUGUCAUUUGAAUUUCAGCCUUCAGAAUCUGGAAAAACAUGCUUAUCAAAAAGCCAGCUUUCUCACAUACGUGUUGGUUGUCCUCCAUGGAAAAAAAUAAUUGUAAGCAAGAAACCCACAAAAUGUGAGAAUUAUACCUUCACUAUACCGCGGAAAUAUCUCAGAGACAAAGGCGAUAAAGGAAACAUGGAAGUAAUAUUUGAUAUAGAAAAAUAUGGCUGCCCAUUACAGAGCCAUUAUACUCAAGACUUUUAUCCUCAAGUUGAGAUGUAUAAGGAUCACCAGACUCUCAUACCAGUUGAGGCAAACUAUAUAUUGUGGGAGAUGAAUGGGAGGACUGACUUUUACUACAGGGCAACUAUGGAAAAGGUCCGUUGUUUAAAUACUGCACAGAGUUGGAAUCAGAUGAUUAAAAUAUACAAUAAAACAAUCAAAACAAUUGAAGAUGUAGAUGAAAUAUGGGGACCUCAUAAUUACAAGUCCUGUUUUAAAAAAAGACCAGAAAAAUUAAGGAAACUGGAUAAAAAAUAUGAAAUCUUAAAUAGUUCUGGUUUGAACUUUUUAACUUGGCCUCAGUAUACUAGUACUUAUAUGUUCAAGCUGACAAUACUGGAUCCAAAUUUCAGUUUUUGUAAUUUGUCUACAUAUUUUGCUGUCCAGACCUUUGGCAUCAUUGAAAGACCAGGUUGGAUGUAUGUUGCUGGUUGGGCCACCUUGGUAGUGACUUUAUUUUGGGGAUUCCUCAUCUUCAGCUACUUCAGAUAUGUGAAGAUAUUUCGGGCAUUCCCUUUUGUUGAUCCCCUGAUAUCACUUAGGCCAGAUGUCACUGAAGAAAAAACAGAUGAUCAGGAGAAGAAAGAUUAAUUUAUCACAUUGGAUGAAAUAAUAUUUCUAUGAUUAACUAUGUUUAGCUAUGAAAAAUGUUGUUCAUUUUUUUUACUUUUCCAGGAGUUAAUACAAUCUUAAAAUUACCUUUCAUUAUUAUUGUGGAUUUUAAACUUUAUUUUGAGAUGAUGUUUGCCUGCCAUAGGUCAUCUUUAACCAUCCAGAGCACCCUUUAAAAAUUUAAAUUUCAAUUCCUAGAUUGUUGGCUAUGCAUUUGGGCAGUACUUAGGUUGGACAAGGCAAUCAUAUUUCGUUUUUUCUAACUUUUUUUUAAGCAAACCUUCCUAUUCUUUAACAGAAGUACUAACAUAAAGGAUAACUAGUAUAAAUGGAAAGAUUACAUUACUAUAUGCAUUAAAUAGUCAUUAAGUUAUAACAUCUAUGCACCUUUUCUGUGUUGCCAAAAGGAAGUGCUCCAAGUCAAUUUAAAAUAUGAAGAGCAGUCCAAUUUAAUGCAAUAAAGAAUAUUUAACCUCAUUUUAAUAUAUGUCAAAUUGUCUGCACUUACCAUAUGUAAGUAUCCAUAAAAAAAGUCAAAAUAAAAUUCAGUUAAGUGAUUGAAUACUUGUGGAAGUUUGUUUUCAGCAUUUUAAGUAAAAUAUAAGUGCAUAGCGUUUAUUGAUUUACAGAUAUAUUUUACUAUCUGUGUAAUAUAUCUAAGCCAGAGCAUGUGGUAUUUGAAUG